GAGAGCAAGGGAAGGAGGGAGGGAGGGAGGGAGGGAGAGCUGGAGGAUGGCUUGAGGUUGAACGCAUAGGUUGAUGAGUGAACUAGUGACAAGCUCUAUAAAAGCUUGUGUCUACUGACCAGGAGAGAAUAAGAAGAGGAAACUCAAGUCUGCUCAGAAGAAAGAUAAACAGAGGCGUGAUCGGGCUCAACAGAACUCAGAAACAACAAGGAAAACCAGCAGGAUCUGAAACACUCAUCAGACCUGAGGAGAAACUCCUGACAAACGAGCCGGCUCGUUCUGUUUAGUUUCAGCAAAGUGAAAAAAUGCUCUGGAGGUUGAGUCUUGCCAUGGCCAUGGUGUGUGUCGGUGGCAUAUGCAGCUGUGCGAAGGCUGAUGUGAUGAGCAGACUGGUCGCACCAAGGGACUACGGGGUGAAACUGUGUGGGAGAGAGUUCAUCAGAGCCGUCAUUUUCACCUGCGGCGGCUCCCGGUGGAGACGGUCCGUAGAGGGAGACUUGGACCCCUUACAAUGGAGUUCCCUCAGUGACGUUACAGUGGAGGACAACCAGCAAACAUGGCAACGUGGCUCAGAGCUCACAGACAGCCGAUCUCCUCUCCACAUUCCCUCCUCUUACUCCCUGGCGGAUCUCCUGGCCCUUUACGGGGCAUUAGGAGACUGGCAGCAGCAGAGUGACCCCAACAACUCAUGGGAGAAGUCUCAGCAGCUCACAGUUUUAGGCAAGCAAGAAGGUAACCCAAUGGCUGCUGACUGGCCAGUACCCAGCAAGAAGAAGAGGAACUUUUCUCUGGGUGUGGCGGGGAUGUGCUGUAGCCAGGGCUGCACUAAGAAUGAUAUUGGACGAUUGUGCUGA